AGAAAGAACAAAAGCGUGCACUGUUUAAAAGCCUCAAAGUCGCACAAUUUGAUUGGUUUAUUAAGUUGCACUUAGGCAAUUGGCCUGUGAUUUACGUUAGUUUUAAGUCUUGGAAAUCAAUGCUGAGUUCCAUCAGGAAAAGAAUAUCGGACCUUUACCAAGAACAUCGUUAUAUUAUGGAUAAUAAGAAGCUUCAUAAAAAUGAUGAAUCUUUAUUUACAAAAACUCUUGAUGGAACAAUUGAUAAUUCAUAUUUAAUGGAUGCUCUCUCCAGCAUGUCACGCUAUCUUCAUGAGUACUUUGGCAAACAAGUCAUUUUUCUCAUUGACGAAUAUGACUGGCCAAUGGAACAUGCAGGAAACUUUUACGACA